GACGCUGCACAGCCACCAAGACAUGGAGAAGAAUCGGGGUUAUUUUAUUCAUUUUUGCACCCUCCUGAACUUUGAUUUGAUUUUGAGACUAUUACUAAAACAAGCGGACAUGCAUGCUGCUUACCUUUUUUGGGGGUUGUUUUGUACAUGAUGAUGAUGCACAGACAUUAAAGACAUUUUAAGACUACAACAUGACGGAUUCAAACUUAAAGAACGACAGUAUCAACGGGAUCUAUUUCACGGAACCUUCUAAUGGAUCUGUUGUAUUUCCAAACGACAGCACAGUGUGUUGGAACUUCUUACUGGACUCUCGCUCCGUGUGGCUGGGGUUUUUUCUCGCCUUGUUCAUCCUGGUGGCCAUUGUGGGCAACAUUUUGGUCAUUCUCUCAGUGCUGUGCAACAAACACUUGCAGACGGUGACUAACUUCUUCAUAGUCAACUUAGCCAUGGCGGAUCUGCUGCUGAGCAUCGUGGUGCUGCCUUUCUCCGCAUCUCUAGAGAUUUUAGGCUGCUGGGUGUUCGGUCGGGUGUUUUGCAACAUCUGGGCUGCGGUGGACGUUCUGUGCUGCACCGCAUCCAUACUCAGCCUCUGUAUCAUCUCCGUGGACCGCUACAUCGGCGUCAAGCACUGCCUAAAGUACCCCAGUAUCAUGACCGAGAGGAGGGCGGGGGUCAUACUGGUGCUAGUAUGGGUGUCCUCUACUGUCAUCUCCGUUGGACCGCUUCUGGGCUGGAAAGAACCGCAACCUGUGGAUGACAGCAUCUGCAGCAUCACAGAAGAGCCCGGAUACGCGCUCUUCUCUUCGCUUUUUUCAUUCUAUCUGCCGCUCCUGGUUAUCCUCAUCAUGUACUUUAGGGUCUACGUGGUGGCCCGCAGGACUACCAGAAGCCUGGAAGCGGGCGUGAAGCGGGAGAGAGACAAGUCAGCGGAAGUGGUCCUGAGGAUUCACUGCCGCAGCGUGCUGGAGGAUGCGCGCCCCAUCAGUUCCAAGAGCAGCAAGCAGCACCCGUUUAGGAGCUCGCUCUCCAUGCGCCUCAUGAAGUUCUCCAGGGAAAAAAAAGCAGCUAAAACACUCGCUAUCGUCGUGGGCAUGUUCAUCCUGUGCUGGCUGCCCUUUUUCUUCUUUCUGCCUAUGGGAGCCUUCUUCCCAGCCAUGAAGCCAUCAGAGACGGUGUUUAAAGUGGUCUUUUGGCUGGGCUACUUCAACAGCUGCAUCAACCCUAUGAUCUACCCUUGCUCGAGCAAAGAGUUUCAGCGAGCAUUCACCCGCCUCCUCCGGUGUCGCUGUCAUCAGAGGCGGAGGGCUCUCCGUCGCUUCUAUGACCAGAAAUGGCGUUCUGCUGUCAGGGGAAUGGAACAAAGAAGAGAACACGAGGCCGGCUAUGCCCCACAUGAGUCCUGUGGCAGCUCUUUGCUCAGCAAGCAUUGGGGAAGCUUGAAAAGAUGGAACUUGUUUCCGCCGUUGCGGAAGUCCUCCUUUCAGUUUAAAGAAACUGUGAACAAUCUGUCGAAUAAAAUCAAAGGAGGCGCAGGACGAGGAGGAACACCUGCUGUGGUUGACGCAGUCUCCAUGGGGAUUUACAACGUGUGUGAGCAGAGCAGCUAUCGCAUCUACGACUUGGCUGACUGUUACGGCCUGAAGGAGACUGACAUUUAAUGUGCCACAAGAGGAUGCUUUAUUUAUUCUAAUGGGACCAUUUUUGGACCAACAUCACAUGAUCAUUCAGAAUACAAAAUACACAAAGAGGCCUCAUCGCUGUCACGACUUGCACAGUUUAACGAGAAAGCUGUGUGGAAUUUGAUGCCUUUACAUAGAUGAUAAUGCUCCCUUUUUAGCUUUUGUAUUGUAUCCAAUUAAAUGUGCAGGCACUGAUAAUGUUAUUGUCGCUCUGUGUAUAGGAGAGGAGAACAAAUGAUGGUCCCAGCACAAACAACUUUCUUGUUAACAAAUGGCAAAAUAACCAAA